AUGAUUGUGAUGUCUGUGCGAGUGAAUAAGUGGGUGGGUUUGUACUGCCAUCUCGGAGAUGCUUGUUGCUGUGAUUGUUCUCGUCUCAACGAGGACGUUUUACUCAAUGAAGAAGUUCUACUUAAUGAGGACGUUCUACUUGGAGGUCGUGCUGGCCGUGUUGCCGUUGCCGAUGCCACGGGCGGAGGACUAAACGGUCGAGGCGAGCUCGAACGAAUAGGCGACGUAGGCGAUGUAGGCGGUGUGGGCGAUGAGACGAGCACAGCAGGUGACGAAGACCGAGAAAGUGUACGAGCCAUGGAUGCUUUUGUAUGGUUGAUGGUCGUUGGUAUUGGUGGUGCUGUUGGUGUUGUUGAUAUUGCUGUAGUAAUUGGUGCUGAUGAAAUGACACUGGACGUCCUCGGUCCUGACUGUCAGAUACACGUCGCGGUGGUCGUUGGUUUUGUCGGUUCAUAA